AGUCCACAAGUAGUUACGGGCGGCAGCACGCGCCACAAUGGUGAAAGAUAAGUUACUUGAUGUGCAUCGAGCUGUGAACCGAAAGUCUGGUGUUUACAUGCGAAAUACUCGCAUCCCAGUCCACGUUGGGCCACCAUAAGCCACGCUUGUCCAGUCCGUCAGUCAGUUGUUUUGUGAUUAUUGCGUAACAGUGCAUCGUGUUCUGACGUCUUAAACGGAGUUGACGCUGCUGUGUUCUUUGCAUCAUCUUUGACGAUAAGGAGUAUUAAAACCACAAGAAAUAUGCUACAAUGACCAUCACACACGAUUUAGAGGAAUGGACCGCAAGAAAAGAGAUAUAGUCUCAUGGCUCCUCCUCUUGACAUUUUCAUAUGCGACAGGACAGUCUUCGAUAUGUCCGGUCCCAGAGUCAAUACUGCCGUGCAUAUGCACAAACCGACACGAAGACAUACAAAUAUGGUGUACACACAGCGACUUGCCCCAAGUACUGAAGGGGGUUCAAAAAGUAGGAGAGCUUAUAAGAAAACCAAUAGAUGAACUUAUUAUAGAGAACAACUAUCUCCCAUCGCUCCCUGGGAAGAUAUUCCAAAAUGUGAAGAUUAUGAGAUUGAUGCUCCGGCACAAUGGACUGGAAAGACUAUCAGGAGCUUGGCUGGAAACCCAAGAAUUAAAUUUAGUGGAAAUAUUCAUAGUUGAGAAUGACUUGAGAAGUCUUCCAGCGGAAAGUCUGAUGAAACUGCAAAACCUUCAAGCCUUGACAAUACAAUCGCAAAAUCUAAAGAGGAUACCCACAUUUUCUGGCUUACAGAAACUACGUUACAUAAACAUUCAAUCGGAAAGUCUAAAUGCCGUGAAUGAAAAUACUUUCGAAAACUUGCCUAACUUAGAGAAAUUGUUUAUCCAAGGAAGUGUUAACCUCCGCAUUGUGAAAGAAAAUGCUUUUUAUAAUUUACCAAAAUUAAGACGGCUGGAAAUAACUAAUUGCGGUAUUAACUUGAUACAUAUGAGAGCUCUAUCUUUAUUACCUUCUCUAAGAGAAAUAUCGUUAAGUAAUAAUAAGAUCGCAGAUGCAACAAUGGUUGGGAGGGCUGUUAGAGACUUGCCAAUGCUAUCGCAUUUAAAUCUUAAUCACAACAUGAUAGAUAAAUUAAGCGAAGGUGGAUUUGUGGAUCAACCCAUGCUGGAGAAUCUAUUUCUUUCACAUAACAAUAUAAACAUCAUACACCAUGGAGCGUUUCACAGAGUUCCUAAGCUAAGAGUCGUAGAUUUGAACUACAAUAGAAUAAGCCAGAUACAUCCUGAAUCGUUCUUACAACAAUCUGGUAGUGGAGUUGAGGAGCUCACUCUGAUUGGGAACCAAAUAAUGCACAUAUCUGAGUUUCGAGCUCUGCUUGAUGCUCUACCCCGUUUAAAGUUCCUAGACCUGAGUCAAAACUUACUUCAGGAAAUUCCUCGAGGUGCUCUGAGAGGUCAUCCGAGUUUAGAAAGAUUACAUUUGAAUAAAAACAAUAUUAAAUUCAUACAAGCAGACGCAUUCGUUGCAAUGCCUGCGUUAAGAGAACUGCAUCUGAGCAACAAUUCCCUGAAUGACAUGAAUGAAGGUCCUUAUUGGAAUCUGCCAGCACUCAAAGGACUAGAUUUGUCUUACAACUUCUUUACAAGGUCACAGCCUAAACUUUUGUACAAUCUCCCAUCAUUGCGAAGAAUUAACUUCAGUUACAACCAGCUAGCUAUCAUAGAUCCGAUUACUUUCAUGGAAUCACCUCUACUAGAAUACGUCAAUGUGUCAGGGAAUAGUCUGGUCUCCAUACACCCAGCUACAUUCAGAAACUUGGCGAAUCUUUAUGAAUUAGACGCAAGCUCUAACAGACUGAUAGAAUUCGUCCCUGGACUACCACGAGGGUUAGAACAGUUAUACUUACAACAGAAUCAAAUCACAAGCUUGCCAAUGCCUCCUUCGCCAGAUUUAGAUUUACCAUCCUUGAGAACUUUGGACAUUUCAAGCAACGGAAUCCAGAAAAUCCCUCAUGGAAGUCUGAAAACAUUACACAAUUUACGAAGAUUUUAUAUGAAACGAAACGGCUUGAGACAAAUCGAGAUGACGACGUUUAGUGAUUUGGAUCGACUGGAGAUACUAGAUUUAAGUUACAAUCAAAUAAUGGCAGUUCACCCAAAAAGUUUCAGCAAACUAAAUUUAUUAAAACAAGUGAAUUUGCACGGGAAUACAAUCGAAAACUUCGAUUUUAUGGCAAUCCAAGACAAUUCGGCGCUAUCAUCUCUUGAUUUCAGUAAAAAUAAAUUGAAAAGCAUAAGCCCAAAUAUUGUCAGCAGGGCGUUAGAUGUAGAAACACUAAAUAUUUCUUCAAAUAAUCUUUACGAAUUGCCUUCUACGUUGAACAUGAUGUCAAAGUUGAAAGUUUUGGAUGCGAGCUACAACCACAUUAAACAAUUCGAUGGCAAUUCCAUAAACAGUUUAAACACUCUGACAGACUUUAAAAUGCCCAACAAUAAGCUUGUGGAACUCAGAACUGGAAGCUUCAAAGACCUCAGAGAUCUAUCAACGAUAGAUUUGGAUAAUAACGAUAUUGAAGUGGUCCAUCCAAGAGCGAUAGCUAAUCUACCAAAUCUGGUAUCUAUCUACUUGAGCCGGAACCACAUUAUAGAUCUACCUGACCGAGUAUUUGCAAAUCUGCCGAAGCUAAGGAUAAUAGAACUGCAAGGAAAUCGAUUACAGUUCAUAUCGUUGCGAGCUUUUGAGAACAUGCCAUUAGUGCAGUACAUGAAUUUGAGCAACAACCAAAUUACCAGUAUCGAUAACUCGGGGCUAAAUCAGUUGACUUCUUUAGAAGUCUUGGAUUUGAGUUUUAACAAACUGAUGAGGUUGACACGAGCAUCGUUUCAAUACAUGGAAUGGCUCGUUGAGUUGAAUUUGGAUAACAAUAUGAUAUGCCACAUUAGCGGCCAGCCUUUCGAUUUCAUGCCGCGUCUCAAGGUUCUCUCACUGAGGCAUAACAAGCUUAGCACAGUUUUGGAGAAUACAUUUUCUAAAUUAAGGAAUAAUAUCGCCAUUUUGGAUAUUGAUGGUAAUCCACUAGUUUGCAACUGCCACAUUGUAUGGCUGAAAUCAUGGCUUUCCGAAUCAUCUUCUAUUGGGCCCAAAUGUGCAGAUGGAACAUACGUAAAAGGUAUGCCAUUUGGAAGAAAUGAUUGUUCCAACACUGCAAGGAAUCAGGUUGAAGAGGAACAUCUCAGAACUUGUAUGACUCAUGAAAACGAAGCACUUCUACCUAACUUGGCUACAUCACAAGUAUAUUCAACAUUAGAUAAAAUAAAGGAUUAUACAACGCAGAUUAAAAACACGUACCAGGCCAACAAGAUCAACAGGCCGUCCCCAGAAGAAUCAGAGUACUUCUACGAUGAAUACGUUGAUUAUCCUUACAACGAAACUUUAAUAGACGGCAUAAAUAACGAAGUAAGUGCAACGGCAAACAAUAAUAGAACGUCGGGAGGCUUGCCCACGUUAUAUGCUGCGAUGAAUAAAAAUACGACUGACAGGAUUAAACCACCUCCUCCAAAACAACCAAAUAGCGGGUUUACGUUCUUUGGAAUGCCGCUACCUCCCAUAGAUAUGGGAAAAAUUCUUAAUACAGGACGCAAAAUAGACUGGCCAGACAAGAAGAACUCCGCAACACACGUCGGCAUCGGAAAUAAGUACCAGCUACCAGAACCACCUAAGUUUGAAACAGGUGGAUUCUCUCCAAUACUGCCAACAACUGCAGGCGGCUUUAUGCCUAUACCUGAUCCUACACAUAAUGUUACUAAUAAUAUUAUGCAAGUCCAAAGUGCUUCAACCCACAACAAGCAAGGUGCAGUGGAACAUGCUGUUGCAGCAGUGUCAACCAAACCACCAGUAAAAACUGUUCAUAACACUACAACACAUCAGAAAAGUAAAAGUGAGAUACAUGAGCUACAAGCUUAUAUUGACGAUGAUAACAGUACCCACGUUGCUUACAAUAGAACGAAAAAUGUUGAAGAACAAAAGUCAGACCCAAAUAACUUGAGUAAAUAUAAUUUGAUGGAGUCAAACUUAACAAUAACUCAAGUUACUGAAAAAGAGAGUAUGCUUAUAACAACAGAUACAAGUAAUGAUAUGUCUCUACAAGCUUGGAUGGAAAGCAGUACUUUGUCUUACUCUUCAUCUACUGCAGUGACAUCUAAACCUCCGAUGAAGAAGCAUAUUGAUCAGCCAGCACCCACGGCUCUUUCUGCAGUCUUGGUACCCAGUACUGCAGAACUGCAUGAAAGAAGUCAUGGAAAAAGACCUGCAACCAUCACAAAAGUAAAUAAUCCACAAGUGGAGCAUUAUGAACAUAGAGAAAGCUAUUCACCAAACAGAGAACCAAAGACAAGAUUUUCAGAAAAUUUGACCACUGGCGAUUCAAAGAUAAGACAAAUUGGUGAAAAUGACUGGUAUUACAAGAAUUAUAAUAAUUCAAAUUUAGAACCUUACAUUGCACCGGGUGUACAUAAGCCUACAUCAAAGAGUAAUGCUAAUACAUACAAUAAGUUUAUAUUAUCUUCUAUAAUGUUACUUUAUGCUAUGGGUUAAAUGUACUAGGCACAAAGAACUUUUGUUACAAUGUAAAUAAGUAGAAUCAGUAAUAUUAUACAAAAUAAAAUAAAAAAUAUUUUGAAAUGGUUUUAUUUGAACAAAUUAACAUGGUACCACAACAUAAGUAGGAACUUUAUUUAGUCUUCAAAGAAGACAAGCAAUGAUGAUUUUUAUUUCUGAUUAUUAACUUGGCUUAUUUUACUAUUUGGUGUUGUAACACAUUGACCUAUAAGACUAUUUUUCAUGAAAAUGAGCCUUGAAUUGCUCUAGAGCUUUGUACCUAUGAGAUAUUUUAUUUUUCUCAGACUUUGGUAGUUCUGCAUAAGUUUUAUCAUAGCCAUCAGGUUGGAACACACAAUCCCAGCCAAAAUCUCUAGUACCUCUUGGUUCCACGAUUGUGCCUUGAGUAAUGCCUUGGAAUAGUUUCACAUCUAAAUCUUCACAGUUUCCUGAACAGUAAGCAAAUGUG